AUGGCUAACACGAGUCUGUUAACCUUCGGCUUGACACCGGAUCCAAGCUUUAAUGUUUUCUUCUUCCUUGAACUCGUUGUUUCCUGCAUACUAGUACUGUUUUUCUUGCUUUACUUUAAUCGUCUCUUUGCAACCCUCCUCUCGUACGGCAUUCGCGCCUACACAUGGCAUUAUUAUCGCGCGUAUGUCGACAUCAAUGCUCUUCAGAUUUCUUUGCUUGGGGGGCGGAUCUUCUUUAAGGGUGUCCGAUACCACGGUGUGAAUGAGACAAUAUUUGUUCACGGGGGCUUUAUAACAUGGCGUUAUUGGAGGCGAUCAGUGAGGAGGACGUCUCUAUACGACCUGAAACCCAAUGCAUACGAAACGAGGGAUGAUGUGCGAUCAGUCGGGGAUGGGGAUAAUGAUGGCGCCGGAGACAGUGGAAUGAAGGAACAAGGAGGAUUGAAGGGCACGGAUUCACUUCCUUGUCGUAUUACUGCCAAGUUUUACGGGCUUGAGUGGUUCAUAUACAAUAGGACACCGGCCUAUGACGGUAUCCUGGCAGGCUUUACCCCCACAGGACAACCAACAGCCUUUACUAAGCCACAGUACCCUGGAAGCAGCUCUUUGGAUGCUGAGCUCAAAGAUAAUUCAACUAGGAAUUUAUCUGUCAGCGACUCUGCUCCUCCGAGAUCUCAAGCGGGUAAUACUCCAGGACGUAGUAGAACUGGCGGGGAAACUAUUGGCUCUCACAUUGUUGAAGGAUCCGGUCAAGAAGUGGGUGAUGGGCUUUCGAGGCUGCUUCGACUUCUGCCAGUGAGGCUAGUGUGUGACAAAGGGGCUAUCGUCAUUGGGAAUGAAAACACCAGGUCCGUUCUGACAACAACCUUUGACGGUGCGACUGGAUUAGUCGAAGUAUGCAAUGCUGGGCCACUUGAUCUUUACCGGCAAUCAUUCUCCUUUGAAUUUACCCACCCUGUUGUUCAGAUGCGCCCAAACCCAGACUUCAAACAGAACCAGCUUUCUGCGGCGAAGGGAUUAAGUUCGACGCGAAAAGACCUGCCCGGGACAAAGCGCAAAAGGGAUACGAUUUUCAACUAUCAUUUCCAAAAGCGCAGAGUAUGGCAUAGUAUUCGUGACCUUAUUCCAUACUUUCAGACCUCUGUGGAAUCCUUUCAUGUAUCCGAAAAGAACGAAGACGCGGGGCCGAGAGCCCAUGGCGAUGUUCGCCAUGAUGUCCGGUGGGUUGGUCUUUCUCGAUACUUAGAUGACACCAAUCAAGAUGACCACGAAGAAUGGAAUUCUGUCGAAUAUGCUAGAUUUUCUACAGUCUUGGAUAGCCCUAGUAUGGCUAUAGCAUAUUAUUGGGACAUUCCCGGGUGUGUCAAGCCCCAAGCAUUGUCGCAGGAAUGCCCUCCCCGAGAAGGAACCCCGGAUAUCAAUGGUGCGCCACCCCCAGAAUGGGGCAUUGACGUGAAGAUCGAAGGAGGCGUUAUUAAUUACGGGCCGUGGGCUGAUCGCGAACGUGUUGGCUUGCAAAACAUCUUCUUUCCAAAUUCCUACCGAAACUCUCAACCGGCGGAGCCUUUAACCGCAGGCGAUUUGAGACAGAAUUCUGUCUUUAAACUGCGAGUGGAGACUACUGAGGAAUUAACGUUGCGUAUUCCAACAAGGGAACCUUCCAAAGACUGGCAGUGGAAAGGUCGCGCUGAUGCAAUACGAGGUGCAUCUAAAAUGAAGAAGCAACAGCGAAGGCGACAGUCGAGAGCUGCAGACAGUGAUAAGGGUCAUGUUAGCCCCGAGAUUCGGCCGUUUGGGUGGUUGUCUCUCCGCGUAACUGGCGACUCGACCAUAACCUACUGUAUGGAUAUGGUGGCUUCUAAAGUUGGCUAUUUCAAUCAACUUGUUCUAGACCUUCGAGAUUCAACAAUGUCAACAAGCGUCAAUCAUGCAGUGCUAUGGCAAUGUCCCCAGCAACUUAUUAAAUGUGAUCUUUCAGUUCCUCUUACCUGGAACGAUCUUCGUACGUGGAAAUUUGAUGUCGAAAGUCGUGAUAUGGAGUUGUUUCUUUUGCGAGACCACAUCUUUCUCUUGACGGAUCUUGUUACCGAUUGGGCAUCCGGCCCUCCAGCAGAAUACUACACAUUCGUGCCGUUCACCUAUAAGUUGAGCCUUUCUUUUGUAAACCUACAAUUGUUUGUGAAUGUCAAUGACAUGAAUAUCAUCAGUAACCCAUCUGAUCUGGACGACAACCGCCUACUGGUGAUCAAGGGCGAGAGAUUGACCUCUGAUGUUCUGAUCCCUUUGAACAAAUAUAAACCAGAGCAAAAUGCAGUGAGCUUCAAUGUCCGUCUUCAGGAUGCCGGUAUAGAUUAUUUGAGCCCGUUGUGGGAUACUUUUCACACUUUCUUGCAAGGUGAAUCGGCCGCUACGCUAGAGACGAUGUUCAUUGAAGGGUCUUACAGCUAUUACCUUUCUACCUCGUCUGAGUUGACGGACACUUUAUUCCUCAAUAUCGAGGGUUUAUCCCCUAAGCUUUACUUGUUUGGAUUCUUGAUUCGAUCGUUUAUGACAAUCAAGGAGAAUUACUUCGGGGAAGAAAUGCAUUUCAAGACUCUCGAAGAAUUUCAGGACCUUGCCUAUGCGAAGGAACCCUCGGAGUCACAUAACGGAAUCAACCCUAAUAGGAAAUCGAAUGACCUAGAUGUUAUAGUGCAUGUCACUGUGGAUAACCCCUGCGCUCUACUCCCGGAAAACUUAUAUGACCGCCUGAAUUGCCUAAGACUCACUGCGCCUUCCUUGGAGAUCGACCUGCGAUUUACCAACUACUACAUGGAUUUGGAGUUUUCAAUCGCUCCUUUAAAAGUCGGGCUGGAGUCCCACCUGGCAGACAGACCCCCUAGGAUAUCUGACUCUCAACUUUUCAUCGAUGGAGUUUCUGUUCAUGGUCAUCGCUUGUUUGGACUCCCCCCUGCCGAGCCAACGUAUGUCUGCAACUGGGAUUUCAAGCUAGGUCGAGUGAUCGGAGAAUGCUCGACAGAGUUCUUAUCCUGUUUAGGGCCAGCAUUGAAGAGUUUUGACUUUUCUUUCGAUAACGAAGAGAAUGCUCUGCCUCCAUUAUUUCCCCUUGCUCUACACGAUGUUACGUUUCUUAGAGCGAAGAUCGGUAUGAUUCAUGUCUCUGUGCUUCUAGACAAGAAAGCCUUCAUACUGAGCUCUGGGCCGGUGACAACGAAAUUUAACGACUGGACAAAUGCUAAGUUUUCAAAACGGAUGAGUCUUCUUGUCCCUGAGCUCGUUAUCGCUGCAGUGGAUCAUGAACUCGUUGGUCGACUGGGGAGUCCAACCCGUCCUGAGGUGGCUCCUUUAGCGCUCUUCGAGACAACGAUCAAGCUGAAAAUGGCUCAGCGAAAGAAUGACAUUGUGGAAAGCCGAAGAUUACAGCAGGAGCACAUCAAAGUACAUGAUCAAAGGACACAGAGAACACCAUGGCUGUUAUUUGACUGGGAGGAAGUCGAUCCUGAUUCAACACACCUUAAUGGUGAUCACUUAACGCUACCGACUAUUGCUAUACCUGCUAUGCCCGAACCUGUUAUUAGACACAUGAAUAUGAGACACCUAUCGGCAAAGAGAAGUGUAUUCUCUGACGGCAACAGUUACACAAGCUCUGAAGGUUUCCUUGUCUCCUCAGACGCCUCAAGCGUGCAACGUGGACGCAGAAGAGGAGACCAUAGCACCAUCUACACCUCAAGCUUGGUAUCAAAAGAAAGACAGCGCCAUACCUCGUUUCAGGUAACGCCAGGGCUCCGUCAGAACAACCAUUCGGCUGAAGAACACAAGAAUCCACCCACCAUUGUUCCGAAUUCGUCAAACCCUUGGGCCAUGCCUGAUUUCUCACUUCAUAAAGUCAAACUGGAUACCUCACAAUUGCCCUCACGUCACACCUCUAGUGAUGACAUCCGCCCAUACGAUUUAUUCGUGACAAAGUUCGAUCCUCAGUUCUCGCCUUUUGCAGAAGACAAUACAACCCAUACUAACUUCGUAAUCGAACUACCCAAUGGUGUCCGAGGCACUUGUACCCCCGAUUUUCUUUUCAUGUUAUCAUCCUUGAUUGAAGGGCUGCAAGCUAAACACCCAACUAGCAUCAUUGAUUCACUCCAAAAGGAUGUUAUAUCUGACAUUGUAGGCUACGAAAAGUCCCUGAAAAAUCCAAGGAAAUCAACAAGUGUUGCAAUUCGAACCCCGGUAAUAGUUUUGAAGCUGGUAAACUUAUCUGAAGCCUCUGGCAAAUACGAAUCCGGUUUCCGAGAUGAGUAUAAGGUCGAGAUCGCCCAUUUGAAGACAGAAAUCAGAACAAAAGUUGAGAGAGAGAAAGGCGAUCUCCUUGCGGGAAUAAGGAAAAGUUCCACCGUUCAUGCCGCCGCCGAAAGUCUUUCAGUAUCCGUUGAGGGUACUCGAGCUGAUGCAUAUCAAGAAAGGGCUGAACUUACCUGUCUCUUUGGUGACAUGGACUUUUGGCUUGUGACAAAGCCAAUGGUAAAAUCGAACUUCCAGGCUCGAGCUUUUGACACAGUCACUUUCACAAAAUCAGUGGAACAUCUUGCUCAUCUAGUUCGUCGUACAGCCACAAUGUUUGACUCUAUUACCUCCUCUCUACAGCAUAGUUCGUCCCUGGAGGACAAACGCCUACGGCUCCUUAUUUAUUUCCUUACUCAGCCUGCUACUACCAUACCCGAUCCUGCGUUCCUUACAAGGAUCUCAUACGUGCUCAGAGUUGCACCUACACACUUGCGACAGCACGAUUCCUGGAAGAUAAUCUCUCGGAUACGUAAUGUAUACAAUAAUCUGCCCCCUCACCAGAAGGAAGAGUUGGCUUCAAGAUGUCUCAACAAUGAUCUUUCAUUGCCAGCGGACGCCAGAACUACUGUCCUCUCCAGCCUUGAUGAAUGGAGGGCGUGGGAUCUGACGCACGUUGGGAAGAGUUACGUCAUGCAAAAAGUAUGGAGUCCCUUCGUACCAAAGGUGAAGGGGACUCCAGCACCAGCAUUCUUCUCUUCUACUGUGAAGUUACUUCGCUUCUCUAUUGAUCCCGGACCAAAUGAAAGCGAUUUCGUGGUGGAUGAUCUGUCGACAGCUUUAUCUAUCAACCCACAGGAUGGGACACCACCGGACACUGAGGCAAGGCCGACAAACCUGACGAUUGUGCAGUCUUACUGCUCUUCUAUCAGCCUUCGACUGCGAUGGGAGAUUCUUGAGUUAGUAGAAGGAUUGUUGCGGACACUGUCUACAGUAACCUUGGAGUCUACUACACCAGCCCAAGGUUCGUGUACCGAGCCGAAGGAAUCCAACGAGCUGCAAGUAGUGCUUGGCGCCGAUAUUGGGUCCAUAAAUCUUGAUGGUAUCAAUGCCAAACUUGCGUUCAAUGGGCGGGGCUUGAGAAGCUCGGUUGUUCAGAAACUAGACGGCACCGGGGGUCCGGACUGUCUGAGUGCCCUAAUAAGUGCACAAGCGUGCUCUUCUGAGUUGUCGGAUCUCUCUAAAGUGAUUAUGUCAUGGAGGGUUGGUGACCCGCAUUUGUAUUGUUCGCGUGUCUCCGAGGAAAGAGAAGGAAAACUGGAAAAUGAGUGGAAAAUUGCUGGUUCAAGCAAGAGACUGCGAUAUGAUAUGAGUGAAGACCCGUUGAGCCUUGCACACAUUGCGGACCGACUUAUAGAAGAUGAAGUUCGGUAUAUUAAUCGGCUUGCCAGCAACAUAAACCCCUCAGCUCACCAAUCGAGUGAGGGUAUUUCAACGGCAAGAAAGCCGGUCGGCAACAAAUUCCAUAUCGCUAUGUUCUUAGGUGAUUAUCGACUCAGUUUCUGUAUCUUGCCGUCCUUAACAUACGUGAUCUCUGGAGAAGUGGCACGCACAUCUAUGGUACCGACGAUCGGAUCAAAAGUCGAAGUGGAUUUUGACCUAAAACGAAAUUUGCACACCUUCCUGUCCAACAACGGCAAUGGAUGGCACCCUCUAUCGGUGUUAGAAAUACCACCUAUCAAUGGUCGAGUUGUUGCGAACAUGUCGCCAGUCCGUAUGGAUAUGGAGGUUGACGUUACAAUUGAACUCAUCCAACUAGAGGCCAGCGCUGUACGAAGCCUUCUGGGCGCCCUAACAAAACCGGAGUUUUCUCAUUUAAUGUCCGAUCUUAAACAAAACGUGGAGACUCUACAACUUCACCUUAACGAUGCUCUUGCUCUUGAUAGAGGACCCCCACGACAAAAAGAACCCUCAAGUGGUCACAGCGUACUGUAUAAGGCGCGCAUGACAAUGGCAGGCACGAAGAUCCACGCUAGUGCUCCCGCUAUUAAUGGGAAAAAGUAUUCGGCAGACAUGGACAUCAGUCUUGGGAUGAUACGCAUGCGCCUCAACAAUGGUCUGGAACAAGGGCACCCUAUGGAACACCCAGACUUCCACGUCGACACGUCUAAUAUCAGCUUCGAUUUACGAAAGCAGGAGGCUACAAUUAGUCGCUCAUAUUGUAGUUUCACCAUCGACGCUAAGCUCCAGGGCACCUCGAUGUUACGCGAGAAUGGUGAAGCCAGACGUGUAUUCCAUUUCAGCAGUAAGCGGUUCGAUGUCGAACUAUUCCCUGAGACGGCUGCACUAGUAGUUGAUAUGGCAACCCACCUUCAAGAGCGCAUUAAAACUUUGGAUCUCUCUCAUGAGGUCAAGCGUUUCAAGAAAUUACGAAGACGAGGCAAUGCAGUACCGAGAGUUCCGAGCAUACAGGUUAAUGAUGACUCCCGCUCGGAGGACCUAUUUAGCGCUAUGUUUUCGUUGGACCUGAACUUGAUUCAGGUUGGCUGGAAUAUGUCUACCGUUCCCCUGCCUACAUCUGGGCGCAAACCUGAUGAUUUGGUUUUCUCUAUCAGGCGCCUGGAGCUGUCCAAUAAGAGAACCAAUACUGCGAAACUACGUAUCGAAGAUAUGCAGCUGCAGAUGGUGCCGUAUUCAGGCAAUAGGCGAAAGCGUUCUCUUAAUUCGGCUCUAUUGCCAGAGCUGGUCUUCAAUGUAGCAUAUUCUUCAUCAGGCCAGGAAGUUCGACUGGCCUUUCAAGCGGCUGGAAAAUCUCUUGAUAUACGAGCCACGUCUGAUUUUAUACUGCCGGGAAGCAUGAUACGAGACUCUAUUGCGGCUUCCAGCCGAAUCAUCCGCGAGGCUAAUUCUACAUUGGUGUCGAAAUCAUCUGAUGAUAACCCCAAACCCCGCGCACUUUUUGGUAACAAACGCUUCCGCUCCGUGCUGGUAGAUGUGGAUUUUGCUGGUGCAAUUGUGUCUCUGCAAGGGAGACAUACGGGUGAUCAGCAGGCUCUACUAACAGCUACUCUGAAAGGAAGCAGACUAUCUGAGGCAAAAUACGGUCAAUACAUUCAAGGAGAUGCAGUAGCCACUGCAGCAUUCAGGGCCCCUGGGGUGGCAUUGAAAGUACAUUUCGAGGACAAUGGCAAAGAUGAUCCACGACUUAACGCAGAGUUAAAGAUCGAUGCUUCUACGAAUGUCUUAUAUCCAAGCCUUGUCCCAUUACUAAAGCAAAUGACUGAUACUGUCAAAGAAGUCAUGGGAGGUGAAGAAAAGCCCAGAAGGCCGUCUGGCGCAAUGAUGCUGCAGCCGCAGAAAUUGAUGCAGGAGGCCCCUCUCGACAUGGAUGCUAAGAACUCCAUCCUAGGGAGGUGUAAAUUAAACGUUGGCCUCCUGAUCUGCAAGCAAGAAUUCAGCUUGAGCUGCCAACCUAUUGCUAGAGUUGCAGCUACCGCGAGUUUUGAUACCGUUUAUGUAACGAUCAAUACGGUACAAUGUGAUGACUAUGGGCGAUUCUUAGCACUUCUCGUGGCUUUCAAUUCCCUAGAAGCUUCAGUGAAGCAUGUGUACUCCAAUGAGUCGACCGCGAGUUUUGAGGUGAACUCAAUGGUUAUGUCUCUCAUGAAUAGCAAACACCUCGGCAAUUCAAAAGGCAUAUCGGUUGUUCUUAGGAUAAGUCCGAUGCAGGUGGCCCUCAAUGCCAAACAAGUUCAGGACUUUCUACUUUUCCGGGAAAUAUGGCUGCCGGCCGCUGACAAUGUUGAAGCGAAGCCAGCUUUUCAGUCACAGUCCGCCGAGACACAAGCAUAUAUCGUCCAGCGAUACCAACAGGUGGCAUCGGCAUCGGCAUUCCCCUGGAAUACGACAAUAGCAAUUGAGAGGCUGGAAAUCCAGCUUGAUCUAGGUUCCUCCCUUGGGAAAGCCCAAUUUGCCAUCAACGACCUAUGGUUGUCGUCAAAGAAGACGUCUGACCGAGAACAGACCCUCUGUGUUGGCUUCAAGGCAACAGGAAUAGAAAGCAAAGGUCGAAUGAGCGGACUGAUUCAGCUCCAAACGUUCAAAGUGCAGACAUCAAUUCAAUGGCCGGACGACACUUUUCAUAAUAAGACACCGCUCAUUCAGGCAUCGAUAUCCUUCAGUCUGUUCCAAGCAAAGGUCUCUUUUGACUAUCAGCCUUUCCUUAUUGCGCAUAUCACAAUGUUCGACUUCUUGAUGUAUAAUGUCUGCAGUGCAUCAGGUAACGGACACCAGCGGCUCUUCAGCAUUCUGGAGGGCGACAAAAUGCAAGUUUUCUGUACAAGCUUGACCGCAUCACAGACUGUUGCAUUAUAUCAAGCCUGGCAACGACUAGUGCAAGACAAACAGACGUCGUACGAAGCUGCACUACGGGAGGUUGAAAGAUAUAUGCGUCGAAGGUCAUCGGUUUUCGCUGGUAAAGCUGAUUUGCCAACUAAGGAUGUGGCCAGAGAUGCAGGCGACGAGGAAAAGGCGCCAAUCUCCCUACAGACCGGUGUUGCAGUCACUAUCAAGUCGGUCAAUAUAGGUGUCUUUCCAAGCUCCUUCUUCGAUAACCAUGUGCUUAGACUGGAUGCACACGAUGCGCAGGCUCGCUUUGAUGUAUCACUACAGGAAGGUAAAAUACACAGCGCACUGGGACUCACACUUGGCCAGUUACGUAUCGCACUCUCCGGCAUUGUGCGGCCUGAUCCUACGGAGGUUGAGGAGCUUCUUGUCGGUGAGAUCGCCAACCGUGUGCUGGCGUCCAGCGGCGGCACAAUACUAAAGGUCCCUCGGCUCGUGGCACAAAUGGAAACCUGGCAAACCCCCGGCACCCAGCAAAUUGACUAUAUCUUCCGCAGCACGUUUGAAGGGAAAGUCGAUGUUGGGUGGAACUACUCCCGCAUUAGUUUUAUCCGAGACAUGUGGGAAUCCCAUUCCCGGGCAUUGACCUCCAGGCUCGGAAAGCCCCUGCCGCCAUCUGCGGUGCGCAUUACGGGCGGAUUGAAUGAAGGUGGCAGCGACAAGAAUGAUCAACAACAAGAAAAGAUCACAGCGGUUGUAAAUGUCCCACAGUCGAAGUACACGUAUGUUGCGCUGGAGCCACCGGUAAUCGAGACGCCGCAGCUCCGCGAUAUGGGCGAGGCCACCCCACCGUUAGAGUGGAUUGGGCUUCAGCGCGAUAAGCUGCCCAAUGUUACUCAUCAAAUCAUUAUCGUGACAUUACUAGAAAUUGCAAAAGAAGUGGAGGAUGCAUAUGGGAAGAUCCUAGGAUCGUCGUGA